GAGGCAAGAGAACAAUAUUGUAAUACUGCACGCUGUGUUUUGGCGGCCAUUUCAUCGUGAGCGUUGUGUCUUCCUGGAGCCAGCGUUGUUGGAUUUUACGGGUGAAAAAUGAACGCGCCUCCAGCUUUCGAGUCAUUUUUGUUGUUUGAAGGAGAAAAGAAAAUUACUAUUAUCAAGGACACCAAGGUACCAAACGCGUGUCUUUUCACCCUCAACAAGGAAGAUCACACACUUGGGAACAUUAUAAGAUCCCAGCUACUGAAGGACCCCCAGGUGCUGUUUGCUGGCUAUAAAGUUCCCCAUCCCUUGGAACACAAGAUCGUGAUCCGUGUCCAGACUACCCCAGACUACAGCCCGCAGGAGGCCUUCACCAACGCCAUCACCGACCUCAUCAGUGAGCUAUCCUUGCUGGAGGAAAGGUUCAGGGUGGCGAUCAAGGACAAGCAGGAAGGGAUUGAAUGAAGACUUGUGCUUUUUCUUUAAAUUGAGUGUGUGUGUGGGGGGGUUGUCAUAGUCUUCUUCAUUAUGGAGUUUUCUUCAAACACCUUCACUGACGUAGGAGUCUAAAUAUGACCAAACCUAAAUGACACCCAGGUUUACUGACUGCUCUUCAGCCUGUGUAUUCAAAGAGCAUCAGGCCUCCUCCUGAGGAAUUCAGAGAACUUCAGCUUUUCUUCCCACUGAUAGUCAGAAAUAUGCCUUAUGGUAAUUGGCAGACAUCACCACACAAUAUCACCAUAACAAUUAUAAUUUAUUUCCUUUAUCUGGGA